CCCAUAGUAACCGCCCGAGCCGCUCAGACCGGAAUCACGAGCUCAGAGCAGACAUGACGGGAAACAUUGAUCCCCACACACGGAAAUACAGUCUCUGAACCGAUCGCGCUGGAUGUUUCUGAGUGUUUCCAGUCCACGCCGUCAUGAGAUGAUUGUGAGUCUGGUCUUUGUGAUCAUGAGCAGAUUUAAAGGUGUUAUUAGCGAAGCGCAGCUGUGUUUGAAGCAGUAAUGAUUCGGUGAUUGUACUGGAGACAUGAAGACAGUGCUCGUGUUGAGCUGUCUGCUGUUACUCGCUCGAGCAGAGGAUCCCGAAGAGCCCGAUCAGAGCCAGAAGCCCGUCCAGUACCUGUCCAUCGGCGACGGCUCGUCGCAGCAGUUCGAGUUUCCCCGGGACACGCCAGGAGUGAUCGUGAUCUCCAGCCGGUACCGCAGCUCCGGAGGCCGGAAGGGUCGCGAGAGCCUCAAGCAGACGGUUCGGGUGAGGUCUCUGGACCCGCACGUGAUCUCCAUCCUCAACGUGAGUGACAGCGGCCGCUCGGGCGCCGUCAGCAGUUACGUCAUCAGCAUCCGGUCCGGGGCGCCGGGCACGGCUCCGUUACUCAUCCAGCUGCUGGACUUGUACAGGGACUCGGAGCCGGUUCUGAUCGAGGAGCGGAGCGAGUACUCCAUCAGGGUGGCGUCCGGCGGCGAUGACCCCGCGGCCCGGCUCCUGGAGUCCAGCGGGCUGUCGCACUUCUCCGAGAACCCGGUGCUGUUCGCCCUGCUGCCGCUCAUCUUCAUCAAUAAGUGUGCGUUUGGCUGUAAGGUGGAGGUGGAGGUCCUGCUGGGGCUGCUGCGGAGGCCCGUGCCGCUGCUGCUGGGUGUAGCGGGACAGUUCCUCAUCAUGCCGCUGUACGGGUACGGGCUGUCCCGCCUGGCGUCGCUCCCCAAGGCGCUGGCGCUGGGUCUGGUCAUCACCUGCUCGGCCCCGGGUGGAGGCGGGGGCUACCUCUACAGCCUGCUGCUGGGCGGAGACGUCACCCUGGCCAUCAGCAUGACCCUGAUCUCCACCGUGGUGGCGGCCGCAGCCAUGCCGCUGUCCUCCGCGCUGUACGGCCGGCUGCUGGGGGUCCACGCCGCUCUACACGUGCCCUUCGUCAAGAUCCUCGGCACGCUGCUCUUCAUCGCCAUCCCCAUCUCGCUGGGCAUGCUGGUGAAGCUCCGGCUGCCCGCCGUCACCCGCGUCCUGCUCGCCCUCAUCCGCCCCUUCAGCUUCGUGCUCAUCGUCGGGGGCAUCUUCAUGGCCUAUCAGAUGGGCUCCUCCAUCCUGGCCCACGUGCAGCCCCCGAUCGUGGUGGCGGGCGUGACGGUGCCCGUGUUUGGGCUGCUGCUGGGCUGUGGAUUGGGGCGUCUGGCGGGGCUGCCGCUGGCUCAGAGGAAGACGGUCAGUAUCGAGGUGGGCGUGCAGAACAGUCUCCUGGCGCUGGCCGUCAUGCAGCUGUCGUUCCAGCGGGCCGAGGCAGACUACGCCUCGCAGGCGCCCUUCAUCGUGGCCCUGAGCAGCACGUCGGAGAUGCUUCUGCUGGUGCUGGUUCACGUCGUGCAGCGGCGUGUGUGUGUGUCGCCCGCCUCCGGACCCGGCGCCUGACCCCAGCCACACCCCACUGCCCAGCUCUACUGCCAGACAUCUGCGGACCGCUCCAGUGUUUCUGUCUCACUACCAAAGGCCUUCGCUCGCUGUGGCCAUUUUUGUUUCAGCCUCUUUUUUUAAAUCAGAUUUUAAUUAACACAGUCUUCUGUGUAUAAAUAUGACAGUGUUUACGAAAGAUAUGAGAUAUUUUUCUAAGUAAUUUUGCGAUCUGUUCUUUUGUAAUUGGGAUGCUUUGUUUGUAUCUUGUUUAGAGAUGAUGUGUGAUGAUGAUGAUGAUGAUGAUGUGAUCGAGCGAUGGUGACAUGUGAUUAAAUGCUUUUUGACCUGACAGAACAAGUGUACUAGCAUCAUGAUUUGUAUUUAUUCACAGAUGAUGCUGUCUGUCCACAACAUUAGAUUGUAACUCUCAUCUGAGGUCUCAGUGUUAGCUACACAAGCUGAUCUUCAGGGCAAAGCUCAUCUCGAGAACCAGGGCCGGAUUCACUCAACAUUCUGAAGAAAUUCUCACAUUUUUCUCUUCCUCUUUUAACUUUAGGAAUAUUUUGGUAAUGCUUUACUUAAAGCCUUUAUGUAUAAUGAAUUAAAUGGUUAUUAAAGGGUAUAAUGCAUUGUAAUAAUUCUUAAUGUGCAUUGUAAUACAUUAUAUCUUGUAAAUAAUUAUAAUUUGAAAUGCAUAGUGUAACGAUGAAUUGAUGAGUGUUAUAAUGUAUUAACUGUGCUUACAAUUAUUCAUGAGAUUGGACAGUGCAUCCUAAGGUGUAUUACAAGGUGUAAUUAAUGCAUUAAAUCUACUUUUAUAAUACAUUAUACAUCAAUGCUGUAAGUAAAGUGUUACCAGUAUUUAGCAUUUCUAAAUCAUUUCUUAAGAUUGGAAUUUGAAAUCCUAAUAAAUCUUUAAACUCA